CAGCGCUCCCUGACCCCCCCCCCCGCGCGCCGCGCUGUCGAUAAUUGUCCCAGCAGGAAAUAAUGGGUGGCGGGGCAGCCAGGUCGCCCCGAGGCAACAGACCUCUGGGUCACAGGUGCUAGAGCCCUCCCUCCUCCCGCCCAGUCACAGGUAAUUUGUCCCGGCAGGGAGUAAAGGCCGGCCAGGGUGUGCCAGCCGCUGGGGGAAUAGGCCCGUGCAGGCUCCGCAGCGGCGCAGUGGAGACGGAGUCGGUGCCGAGCUGGAGGGAGUUUCAGCGCCAACCCCGAGCGCAGUGAGUACAAGUAACUCAAAGGAAACCCAGUAGCUUUGCAGCGGAGUGUCUCCUGAUUUUUCAGAAUGCGCUGAUUGUUAGAAAGAAAAAAAUCAAAGCUCAGGAAGCUCUUGAAAAGGACACCAAGUGUAAAGUGAACCGGCUCAUUGUCAGGCAGUUCUGGAACCAUGAGCACUAACGGAACAGACCUAACGAUUGGUUUCAUCUCCUCUUCUGUAGCUGUCCUUUUGUUUGGCUCAAACUUUGUACCACUUAAAAAAUAUGAUACUGGUGAUGGAAUGUUUCUCCAGUGGGUGCUUUGUGCUGCCAUAUGGUUGAUUGCCCUGGUGGUCAAUCUGAUAUUACAUUGCCCGAAAUUUUGGCCUUUCGCAAUGGUUGGGGGCUGCAUUUGGGCAACAGGGAACAUUGCUGUUGUCCCAAUUAUCAAAACCAUUGGUUUAGGCCUUGGAAUCUUAAUCUGGGGAUCAUUUAAUACCUUAACUGGCUGGGCAAGCUCAAGGUUUGGCUGGUUUGGAAUGGACGCGGAAGAAGUGUCAAAACCGGUGCUAAAUUACGUCGGAGCCGGAUUAUCAGUAGUAAGUGCUUUCAUAUUUUUGUUCAUCAAAAGUGAAAUACCAAAUAACACGUGUUCUGUGGACACCACACCAUUAAUGACAGAUCAUGCGAUCAACAGCAGUCAAGAUUCCUGUCCUGAUUAUUCCUGGGUGGAUAAACUUUCUACAGCCCAACGGCGCACAGUGGGCUGCAGUCUUGCAGUGAUAUCUGGAAUACUCUAUGGGUCUACAUUUGUGCCCAUCAUUUAUAUCAAGGACCACAGCAAAAGAAAUGACAGUAUAUAUGCAGGGGCAAGCCAGUAUGAUUUAGACUACGUUUUUGCACACUUCAGUGGCAUCUUUUUUACAAGCACAAUCUACUUUCUGGCCUACUGUGUAGCCAUGAAAAAUAACCUUAAGUUAUAUCCUGAAGCAGUCUUGCCAGGAUUCCUGUCAGGAGUUCUUUGGGCAAUAGCCACCUGCUGUUGGUUCAUAGCUAACCACGCUCUCAGUGCUGUGGUCAGUUUUCCAAUAAUCACUGCUGGUCCAGGAUUUAUAGCUGCAAUGUGGGGUGUCUUCAUGUUUAAGGAAAUACAGGGUCUACAAAACUACCUAUUGAUGAUAUUUGCAUUUUGCAUCAUCUUGACUGGAACAUUAUGCACUGCUUUCUCUAAAAUCUAACAAUUACAAGACCAGCAGAUGGCAGCAGUGGGUAAGAGAACCCUGCUACAGGACUCCUAGUGAUUAUGCUGAGUUCAUUUUCACACAGCAAAUGGAUCUCAACCCGUCUUGGACUGGGUAAAUGAUUUUUUUUUCACAAAUGUGAGAAUAAAGGAAAACUAAUUUGUGGUCAAGUAUAAAAAUGGAAAAUUCUUCUAAUGAACUAUUUAUGUCGGUAGGACUUUACUGGGUGAUUAAAAUGUCUGUCUUCUUAACAGCAUUACCGCUGAGAGUGCUCCUUUUACCAUAAUAUGUACUUGGUGUUGCAGAAGCAGCAAAACAGUGUGGAGUUCAUAUACACAGAGAAUUUUGUCUAUGUCCAAGUUUCCAACAUAUUACCCUUGUUAAUGAAGAGAGGCAGAAAAACGUUGGGGAGAGAAAGGGGAGAAGACCUACCUUAUAAUGGAAUUAGAUUCCAAACCUGUCUAGAUCCUUGCCAGAAAAAGUAAAUGUCAGAGUUGGUAACUGAAUAUAAAAAAGGCCAUUUCAUUUUUUGCCCAAACUUAUUUUUACUUCAAAUUAAUAUUGCUCAACUCUACGUCACCCCCUCAUCUUAGCUCAAAAUGCUUUUGAUUAUCUACAGAUAAAAUCUGUCUUCAAAGGACAAAGAUUUCCAACCAUGGAGAAUGUGCAUAUAAUACAUCUACAGACAUAUACAGAUACGCACAUGUAAAUACACACACAUAUAUGUCUGUAUGAUUCCAAACAGGGGAAAUUCUAGAGUUGCUGUAGUGAGGGUCUAGUUUAUUCGAGUAAGAAUUUGCAGGGACCAAACCCUUCUUUGUAUGUAAAAUUUAUUAUUUUUUUCUGAAAUACACUUUCCUAAAAUCCCUCUUUAAGCUGGAAGUUUUCUUCCUGUGUUAACUGGUGGUUUCCUUUAGGGAAAAAAAAAUAACGGACAUGCUAUUUUUAUAUAGAUAUUCCGAAGAGACAGAACAGCAUUCUAUUUAAGUAUAUGAGCUCUGGUGCUGACCCGAAUGGCUUUCAUCUUCAUUGUAUGACUUUAAAGGAGUUCCCAAGCCUCCUGUUUCAGAUUCCUCAUCUAUGAAAUGGACAUAAUGAUAAUGAUAAUGGUUAUUGUAAGGUUCAAAUUAAUUAAAAUCUGUAACAUGUUCAUUGAGUGUCUGGCACUUGGCAAACAUUGUAUAAUUCUUAGCUAUUAUUGUUAUGUACUGUUUGAGAAAGAAAACAUGUCUGUAGAUUGGGGAAUAUUUUGUAAGAGCUACUGCCCUCACCACCAACCCAUCUAAACAACUGGUUAUUAUUCAUUCCUCUAUUUGAGUGCAAUUUAAAUAAUGAUACUAGGGUCUCUAUUUCCUUAUGAAUUCUUCGAUUGUAACACCUUACCAAAACUCAUUUUAAUUUUAACCUGAAAUAUAAUUAUGUUGAUAACUUUAAAUAAAUUGACAUAACUCAAAAGCUAAUUUGCUUAAAUAUACUUUCAAAUUUCAUACGUAUAGCAUUCAAUUAUUCUGGAGUUGAGAUUGCCAAUCUAUAUGCAAAAUUUUUAAUGUGAAAUAAAGCAAUUUCAGAAGAAAGAUGAAAAAAAUCUUAUUACCACUGUACAGUUUCUGCUACCACACAAUGCUUUUAGUGUUGGUAAGAGAUAAAAGUAGUGUGGGGGGUAAAAAAAGCUUUUCAAAAUGGUUACCAUGCAGAAAACUUACUAUGUAGAGGUUAGUCUAAACAGGUGAUGACCAAAUGUCCAUUUCUUUGCUCAGUUUAAGAAGUUAACACCUACUCUCUCUAUAAGUUUUGAGGCUUUGUUCUUCCUUGUCUAGUAUGGUCAAAUUCAUGUGUUUUAACUUCUUGCUUGGCUUUCUGUCUCUGUGUACAGAGAAGUCACUACCUUAAGUAGGGAAGUGGCAUCCCAAUAAGGCUGGCAUCCAGAUUAUGGGAAUUGUUUAUUAUCAAAAUAAAAACUCUUAAGCUUCUCAAAA